CCGUAGGGCCGUGACCUACCAGUUGAGUGAAUGUAAUAUGCAUGUUGACCGAUAGAGUGUGCUGUUUCUCUGCCUAGCGACGCUUGUCGCGGCGCGACAAGUGCUGCUCACUAUUGAUUCGAUGUGUUUGGUAACAUGAUUUUGUUAUCGAGCGUUAUCAGGACAAUGGCUGUCACUCAGUGUGACGGCAGAAAUUGUGACUCAUUUUCCGCCGCGUUAGCUGACAGCUGGUCAAUUAGCUGAUGGAGCCGGGAGCAGUCUAGUUGCGGGCGAACGAGGCCGAAGAAGACCCGAGGAGGACGUCGGGUUAGCCGAGGACGUGUCGACCCAAGACGAGGAGGAGUGUGUCCCGUGAAAAAGUGCAUUUCCUGUUCCCACUAGGAGGCGCCAGGCACAAUUGCAGGUGGCGCGCUUGGAGCUUCCCAUGGCGGUGUACGAUGAGAACAUUGCCAAAAACCCGUUUUUCGUGGCCCUGGAGAAGCUCAGGCCCGACCUUUGCGACCGCGUGGCCCAGCUACACGGCAUAAUUCUGGUUCCAUGCUGUGGCAGUCUUGAUGGCAUCACGGUGUCGGACCUUCAUUUUGACAGCUAUGUGCUUCAGCCAGUUGAGGACGGAUAUCAGACUGCAGACGGAAAGGACGUCCGGAUCCAAGACAGGCAGGUCCUGUUUGGGUCCAGCCUUUCGCCCCAGGUGUCUGUUCCUAUCCUGUUCGAGGAAACCUUUUAUAAUGCUAGAGAGCAGAGCUACAGCAUCCUGUGCACAUCCGGGCCUGUGGAAGCGAGCGAUCGGAGCCCGGGAGAGCUAGCAAGGCUUUCGGGGGCUGUCUACCAUCUCAGGAGCCUAGAUGAGGUCAAAGAGUUCCUUGGCCGCCACAGCCACAAGCUGGACAAAUUCAUCGUCAACUUCUGUCAAGCCUUCAAGGACCACGACAGGAAGGGACUCAGGCACCACAUAGACUCCGUCCAUGGCCUGUACACAAGAUGUCUUCAGAGUGUGCUGCGAGACGCUGGAUUGAAGGUGUUGGCCAAGCAGGAGCUUCAAAUGAGUCUUCUGAAACAGGCAGUGGAGGUGUACGUCCAUCACGGCAUCCACUCUCUGAUCUUCAACUUGGUGGGAUCGCUUGAAGCCAGCCAGGAUGCCGCUUUCAACAAGAUUACCAGGAGUCUUCACGAACUGCAGCACAAAGACGUCGGCGUCAAAGCGCACUUCAGCUUCAACUUGUCUCGCGCCAAACGGGAGCUGAGUCAACUAAACCAGCAAACGUCGCCACUCCUCAAGUUGCUAUGUUUACGCAAAGUGGCCUUGACCGCCACGCGCACGUCCUCAACCUCGGCAAGCAUAGAAACCGUGUCUGCUGAUGACCUGCUGUCUGUUAUCCUCUAUCUGCUGGUCAAGAUGGAAAUCCCCAACUGGAUGGCCAACCUGAGCUACAUGAAAAACUUCUGCUUCAGCCAGUCAAGCAAAGACGAGCUGAGUUACUGUUUAAGCACCUUUGAGGCUGCCAUCGAGUACAUCAGCUUAGGAAAGCUGCACCACACGCUGUCUGGUUGCGGUGAGGGCAACAACAAGAUGAAAAUGAGCCUUGAGUUUGCGAGUGCCUCCACGCCCAUCAGCCAUUUGUUUGAGCACAUUGCGAAAGGAAACGAGGCUGAGGUGGCGCGUCUCCUGAGCGAAAGCGAGAGCGAAGAGGACAUGCGCCCGUGUCACCCUCUGUGCUCCUGUGACCUCUGUGACCUCCAACUGUCUGGGAAGCUGAACGACCUGUCUGUGGUUACGCCUUACUCCAGGGAUGAGCGAGGGUACACGCCGCUACACGUCGCCGCCAUCUGUGGACAAACACAGUUGAUUGACCUGCUGGUGUCCAAAGGAGCCCCAGUCAAUGCCACGGAUUACCACACGCUCACGCCACUGCAUCUGGCUUGUCAGAAAGGAUACCAGGGAGUAACGCUCCUGCUAUUGCACUACAAGGCUGAUGCCGACGCUCAGGACAACAACGGCAACUCGCCAUUACACCUGGCGUGCAUGUACGGACAUGAGGAUUGUGUGAAGGCUCUGGUCUACUACGACUUCCAAACAUGCUGCCUGGACCUGCGCAACGACAAAGGCGACACGCCAUUGCACUUGGCGUCGCGCUGGGGGUACGAAGCCAUCAUCCAGGUUCUGCUGGAGAAUGGCGCUAGCGUGCACACGCUCAACAACAGCGCACACACACCUGCCCACUGUGCCCUCAAUUCUAAGGUGCUGAGUUUGUUGGGGUCAUCACAGAAGAAGCAACUUGGCAGGAACAGCAGCAACUUUCGGUCAUCCGCGCGAGUUUCCCCUCCGACGUCCGACCGCAGCAGUCGCCGUUCGUCCACAUCAAGCGCUUCGUCAUCUUCGCCGGGCGGCGAGCAACGACCCGAUGUUGCGCUGGCGCGACAUCACCAGGUGGAAAAGCUGCUGCGGGCCGUGGCUGAUGGAGACGUCGAAAUGGUGCGUUAUCUAUUGGAGUGGACAGACGAAGAUGAGGCGGAUGUGUCAGCUGAGGUGUCUCUGUGUCAUCCUUUGUGUCAAUGUGCAAAAUGCGCACCGGCUCACAAGGUGAGUGCAGUCCCGUGUGGUGCAUUGUGUGUGAAGAGCGCCAACGCAGAUGGCGUCACCCCCCUCCACGUGUCGUGCACGUACGGUCAUGCCGAGCUGACGUCGCUCUUUGUCCGCCACGGUGCCGAUGUCAAUGCGCGUACUGACCACAAGGCCACACCUCUUCACCUGGCCAGCCAGAACAACCACCUGCAGGUGGUGACGUUCCUGCUGGAGUGCAACGCCAAGCUCAACAAGAAGGAUCGGUAUGGCAAUACAGCUUUGAUCGUGGCCUGUCUCCAUGGCAACCUGGAUACCGCCGCAACACUCACACAAAGCGAGGCGCUGGUCAAUGUGCGAAACCAUCAGGGCAACACGGCGCUGCACUGCGCGGUGCGGGCAGGUCACCACGCGCUAGUGGAGAUGUUGCUGAGGGCCGGUGCAUCCCCGCACUUAAGGAACAAAAAACACAGGACGCCCCUGGACACGGCAUACCAGCUAGGCGGAAAGAACGCGGAGAUUGUGCGAUCACUACAGAAAGCGUCAGGCCUUUCCCCAGAUGACGAACCUAUCAAACUUCUGUCAGUACCCAAAGGCGCUCUGGCACACUCCUUUGUUCAGCGUCUGAGGCUCAACGAUCCCGCGCGACACAAAUUGGCCGCCAGCAGGAUUCAGCAAAUGAAGAAAACUUCCUGCAGUCCAACUCGGCGCUCAGCUUCACCAGAGCAGCAUGUGCAGGUCAGUCCAGAUUUGAGGAGGCACCAGUUGCGACGUGUCGGCACAGUGGACGCUAUCGGCCCGCCUGCGGGCGACGACAGUACCCUGCAGUCGAGAGGGCGGUGCCUGGCUCGCUGGCACACGCUGGACUCGGGAGAGGAAGCGCCAGAGCCCUGCAUCAACGUGUGCAUGUGGACUAGACGUUUUAAUGAAGACGAUACAGCACACGAGAGUUCAGCGGCGAUUUCAUCAUCAGACAGACGGACACUGCACGCUGCCCCGACAGAGCGGUUGCAGGACACCGCCGCUCCCUGUUCAGCCGCGAGCCCCCCGCGACAUGCCGACGCUGGGGAGACACUAAAAUGCGGUGAUGGACAAAUCCAGGACUCAACCCUCACUUGUGAUACAACGCUUUCUAGCCACAUGCCCCUUAUAUGAGGCACACCCAUAUCCAGCGAAACGUCAAAUGACUAAACCCCAACCCCAUAUUCGAGACACCAAAGUGUGAAUGAAAAUCUGCCUAAUUUCACUUAGUCACAAUUUAAACAUUUCGUGUUUGUGUGUGCAUGCGAAUGUCUCUGUUUCCAUUAGUCCAUCCAGUUUGUCCUGGUCGCCAUUUUAAGGUGGCGCCCUUCCAAAUGGCGACUUUGUUAACAUCAGAUUAUUUCAGAUAGCGGGCAAAAAGGGAUUAGCACUUUUCCUUCUUGUUUUUUCCUAGCUAAUAUAAUGGUGCCUUCUUUGAUAGACACCUCAAUAAACAUUUCUCCAUUUAUAACAACAGUGAAAGUGCGACAACAACAAAAAAGACUCGGGUAAGAGAAGUACUGCUUACAGACAAGUGCACUAAAAUAAAAGUACAGAUGAAUUAUGACCUUUCAAAAAUCAUUUAGUUAAUUUAUAAAUUCUCAGCGCACAAACUCGGUUUCCUCUUUGAUCAACUUUUUCUGUACAUCGUACUUAUACUACAAAUAAAAAUACUAC